ACAUGUUAUUGAAACAGUUGUUUGAAAUGAACACAUUUAAAUAACUCUCUCUGUGUUAAUAUCCGUUGAUGAUAAUGGAUUUGAAGUUCAGUUUACAAAUGUUGAUGGUAUUCCAUUUCGUCGCAUUUUUCGUCGGAACAUACCAUGCAUCUCCUCUGGUUGUCAAGGCGGCUAAAACUGUUGCUAAGACUCGUCUUCGGAGACAAGCAAGCUUCGACGUAGAGUUUCGCGCAGAUAGAGGUGUUAUUCAGCUCCCUACAAAAGAUCUCAAUGGGAAAGAACUGUACGAAGCUAAUAAAGAGAUCAAGUGGAAGAUCAAAGUACCAGAUGGGCAUCACGUGGUCAUAAAUUCGGAAUACUUCGACCUGGAAGCUAGUUCUAACUGUCAGUAUGAUUAUGUUCUGGUAGUGGAUGGGUCCCGGAAUAACACAUUUUGCGACAAGGAGCACUUGGUCUACGUUUCCACGAGCAACGACCUCACUGUGACAUUCGUAUCUGACGACGAUGUCAGCGGCAAAGGAUUCAAAUUCAAUUUGAUUACCGUUCCGAAUUCACCAGAAGGGAAAUGCAACAGCACGAUUCUGGCAAUUCAGGGUCAAGACGGCGACAUAUGGAAUUAUGAUAAUCCGGGGAACUGCUUUUAUUCUUUGGAGGCGCCCGAAGGUUUAACGGUUCAAAUUAAAUUGAAGUUCAUUUAUUUUGGGUCAACAUCAAAUGAUGAAAAACGUAUUGUAAUUCGGGACGGUGUAAGCACACAUGGCGAGCAUCUUUGGAAGAUCUCCAGUGGGAAGCCAUUACUGAAAGAGUCAGUAUGUGCUAAGCACCUCUUUAUUGAGUACCAUAACCAGGGGAGCACCAAGGCUACCCGUUUCUAUUUUACAUAUUCCGUCGUAACCUGCACGACAGAACCGGGGAUAUAUUCUCCUCCACCACCAUUCGUCGAAGGAGAUAACGAUUGCGGAUGCAACAAGCAAGAAGUCUGUGUUCUACAGGGCUUUGAAAAGAUGUGCAUUUAUGGGUCUCAGUGUGGUGUUGAUCUCUGUGAGAAUGGAGCCACGUGUGUGGACACCAAAAGAGGUGAUCAGUGUUUCUGUUUCGGUGGGUUCACUGGGAAAUUCUGCAAUGAAACGGCGGGCCCCACUGUGGGUCACCUGAAAUUCAUAGAAGUGCCACAAAGCAGAAUUGUCAAAACAGGCGGACAGUCGGUGAGCUUGUGUAGAGUGGAGAACCCGGCUUCAAGAGAACAAGUUGUCUACUCUUGGUAUUUUAAAAACGAGGCUAUUGGGAAUUACCGAGACCGUACUAAAUUGAGAGAUGAUGAGGGAUUGCUACUGAUUACUGACUUUAAUGCAAACUUUGAAGGAAGAUACACGUGUGUGGCAAGAGCGGGUAAUUUGACUACGAAACAUACCAUAACACUUUCAAUGGUCGAAUGCUUUCAAGGCAAGUUAUCUUUUAGUCACAAUUAA